UGCAACGAAAAUAAUUUUAUGGUUGGGGGUCACCGCAACAUGAGGAACUGUAUUAAAGGGUCGCGGCAUUAGGAAGGUUGAGAACCACAGUUGUGAGACUUAGCUUGAGUAGUACACGUAAAAUUCUCAGAACGGUACCUGGCUGGUGCUAAGCUCACAAGAAGGAAUGCUAUCCAUGGGAGCACCAUAACGGAAGUUAAAGAGGGGGGAGGAUAGUGAUCAGCAGGGGCGCCGACAGCCUUCAGAAAGGUGGUCUGGAAAGCCCUCUUUGAGAAGGUGACAGGGACCUGAGACCCAAAUAAAACCAAAGCGAUAGCUACACAAAGAUCCUUGGGGGAGAGUGGUUCUGGCAGAGGGUACUGUGUGCAAAGGCCCUGAAGGAAGAAGGAAUUGAGCUCUUUGAGGAAAAGAAAGGGAGCCCGUGUGGGUGGAGCUUAGUGGGACAGGGAAGAGGAUGGAAGAUGAGGUAGGCAGGAGUUAGAUGGUUCAAGCCUUGCUGGCCAUGAAAGAGAUAUUGGUCUUUGUCCUAGGAACAGUGGAAAGUCUCAUGGUUUGGCUAAUAAGUGUUAAGGAAAUGAAGACUGCUGGCGAAAGAGCCCGGCCCAGAGACCUGAAGACUUGGGUUUGAGUCAGGGCUCCUUGACUAGCUGUGUGUUCUUGUGCAAGUUUUUCCCUCUGGGGCGUAAUCUGCACAUCUGAAAGCAAGGCGAAGUAAAAACGCCUUUCUCCUAAAAGCUUGUGAAGACUUAAGGAUGUGUCUUUGGUUCCUAAAUGUUGAGUGUUGACUGGAAUGACCCAGAAAGUGUGUGCAUAGGAAAGAUUUCUGUCCUGCCCCACACUCCCUGGAUGGUUAUUCUCGUACCGGGGGUUCAGAGACCUGACUUGGAGGAACCCCACCGUGGGGAGUGGUAGGUGGGAAUCCUCACUGAACUGUGAAGCGAGGAGAUAAUUGGACAGGGGCCUCGCCGACCUGGCCCUCUGCUCUUCAUGGAGCUGGGUGCCUGCUGGGACCAACCUGGUGCCCACUUGUCCCCUGGGAAGUGCCUUAGGAGAGGUUUAGCCAUCCAGCUCUCUGGUCUCUGGCUCACAGAGAGGAAGACUGAGGCCCAGAGCUCAGAAUCCAUGGGUCCAGCCUCUGAGAGGGAAACAGACAUAAAGGGUUCUGGCUCUGGUCUCAGGGCGGUUCUACAGUGAUGAGAGCAGACAAAGGUGCAACCUGAGCUCAGAGUCUGGUCCCUGUGGGGCCGGCCCAGGGGGCAGACAAGACUGUGAGGGCCCAGAUCACUGAGUAAGGACCCAACAACUCAAGGCGAGUUAAACAGCUAGAUUCAACUCCCAGCUGCGAAUUACUAGGUGUGGCCACGGGCUCCUUAUUAAGCACAAUGCCAUUUUGUUCCUCUGGGCCUCAGUUCUCUUAUCUGUGAAAAGGGAAUAAUAAUAGUACUUUUCUCAUGGUGUGGACAGGAAGUUGAAGUGAGUUAAUACAUGUAAAGAGCUUAGGAUACUGCCUGUUAUUUAGCAAGUGCUUUGUAAAUGUGAGCUAUCGUGUUUUUUUUUUAUUAAAGAGAAACUUUAUCAGUCAGGCUGUCCAGAGAUGGUCUGGAAAGGAGGUAGUGAGUCCCUCAUCCAGGGAUAGGGAGAGAUCCUCUGGAAACAAGAGAUCCCCUGGAAAGUUGAUCCUCAAGCCCUUUAACUCACUUUCCAGCCCCAGAAUUUAGUGGGAAAAGUGAAAAAAAAAAACAACAACAAGGUGAUGGUGGAACAGCGUUGAGUGGGAUUGGCGCCAAAAACCAGAGCGGAGAUGUAGGAAGAGCUUCCUGGGCGAAGUGGGGCUCAAAGGAAGGAUUGAUGGGAUGUGUAACGGCCAGGAAGGACCUGGGAACUUGCAUGGCGUGAUGGAAGCCACGGAAAGUUCUUGAGUGUCACACAGUACUUUAGGGAGAAGAGGCUGGCUGCCUGUGUACACCAGAUUAUGUGUGUAGGGCUGGGGGACUGAGGCAGGUCCACCAGGCAGAAGGGUGCUGACUCUAAAGAUGCAGCCCUUGCCUCUCACUCCAGGGGCUCCAGUGUCCUCCCUGGGCCAUAAUGUAGAAGCCAUCAAGCCCUGAGGUGUACAGACAGGGAAACAGGCUUAGAAAGGAACAUGAGAAAGAACUCAGGCCCCCUGCCUCCCAACCUCGCUUCUGGGCACACCAGGCUCCCUUUCCUAUAGCAGAUCCUCACCCCCACCCGGGCUGCCCCCAGCAGCUGCUGCUGCGCACUCCUUAAGUGGAUCUGCCGUAAUCCUCUCCCUUCAUCCCCCAGGGAGGAUGAGCUGGUGUUAGGGCUAAUGCAGCUGUUAAUCCUAUUUCCUUCCAGCCAUGAUCCACAGGAGCAGCUGUGUGGACGGUGUCUGGCUCUGAACCGGGAAUGAAGGGGCCUCGCUAGAGUGGGUGUCCUGGGAAGCCAGAUCAGAUACAUUGAUUAUGACUCAGAGGCUUCUAACUGCUAGCAAUGGUUCAAGCUGCCUCGGGAGUGACUGAGCUUCCUAUGAGCAGAGCUAGGGGAGCAGGAGCCCACAGUGAUUCCAGAGCAGGGGUGGGCCAGGAUUCCUCUCUGGGUGGAGUCCCUUAUAGCUGUGCAAGGCCAGAAUUCUGUGCGACCGAUGCUGCCUCUGAAAGCUAACCCACCAGAGUGGAAAAACAAUGCAUAUGCUGGGGGCCUACCACUUCCAGACAGACGGUGCCAGUCACCACAGUGAGCCCACUGGUUUUGCCCUCUCGUGGGCCUCCUCUGCCUUCCCUGGGCACUUGGAGACCUUCAGGCCAGACCCCCAUCUGGGUAGUCUCGAUGUCUGCAGCCUUGCAUAGGACCCUGCAUCCUGGCACAGGCCUUGGAGGCUGAGCCGAAGGAGGAGGAUGAGCUUUGCCCAUCGAGGCCAUGGAGGUGGAGGCUGUGGAGGCCCGGUCCCCAGGCCCCGGCUACAAGCGUUCGGGCCGCCGCUACAAGUGCCUGUCCUGUACUAAGACGUUUCCAAAUGCGCCCAGGGCAGCACGCCACGCUGCCACACAUGGGCCUGUAGACUGCGCGGAGGAGGUGGCGGAGGUGAAGCUGAAGCCAGAUACGGAAUCUAAAACAGAGGAUGCCAGCGGGGACAAAGUGUCGGGCGCCGCGGCCAAGCCUCGGCCUUACGCAUGCCCACUGUGCCCCAAGGCCUACAAGACGGCACCAGAGCUGCGCAGUCAUGGGCGCAGCCACACGGGCGAAAAGCCCUUCCCUUGCCCCGAGUGUGGCCGCCGCUUCAUGCAGCCUGUGUGCCUGCGCGUGCACCUGGCCUCGCACGCAGGCGAGCUGCCCUUCCGCUGCACGCACUGCCCCAAAGCCUACGGCGCGCUCUCCAAGCUCAAGAUCCACCAGCGGGGCCACACGGGCGAGCGGCCCUACGCCUGCGCCGACUGCGGCAAGAGCUUUGCGGACCCUUCUGUGUUCCGCAAGCACCGGCGCACGCACGCCGGCCUUCGGCCCUAUGGCUGCGAGCGCUGCGGCAAGGCCUAUGCCGAGCUCAAGGACCUGCGCAACCACGAGCGGUCCCACACUGGAGAGCGCCCCUUCCUCUGCUCCGAAUGCGGGAAAAGCUUCUCGCGGUCAUCCUCGCUCACGUGCCACCAGCGCAUCCACGCAGCACAGAAGCCCUAUCGCUGCCCCGCCUGUGGCAAGGGCUUCACUCAGCUCAGCUCCUACCAGAGCCACGAGCGCACGCACUCUGGCGAGAAGCCCUUCCUGUGCCCCCGCUGCGGUCGCAUGUUCUCUGACCCCUCGAGCUUUCGGCGCCACCAGCGGGCACACGAGGGCGUGAAGCCUUACCGCUGCGAGAAGUGCGGCAAGGACUUCCGGCAGCCGGCGGACCUGGCCAUGCACCGGAGGGUGCACACCGGCGACCGGCCCUUCAAGUGCCUGCAGUGUGACAAGACGUUCGUGGCUUCCUGGGACCUUAAGCGCCAUGCGCUGGUGCACUCGGGCCAGCGGCCCUUCCGCUGCGAGGAGUGCGGACGAGCCUUCGCCGAGAGAGCCAGCCUCACCAAGCACAGCCGAGUGCACUCGGGUGAGCGCCCCUUCCACUGUAACGCCUGCGGGAAGUCCUUUGUGGUGUCCUCCAGCCUGCGGAAGCACGAGCGGACCCAUCGAAGUAGCGAGGCCACCGGGGCUCCCGCACCGCAGGAGCUGGUCGUGGGCCUCGCACUGCCCGUCAGCGUGGCAGGCGAGGGCUCAGUGGCCCCCGCGGCAGGUGCAGGGCUCGGGGACCCUCCAGCAGGGCUGCUAGGGCUGCCCCCAGAAUCAGGCGGUGUGAUGGCCACCCAAUGGCAAGUGGUGGGCAUGACGGUGGAGCACGUGGAGUGCCAAGAUGCUGGGGUGGGGGAGGCUCCUGGUCCCUUGGAGGGGACAGGGGAGGCGGGGGGUGAGGAGGUGGACGAGAAGCCUCCGCAGUUUGCGUGCCGGGAGUGCAAGGAGACGUUCUCCACGCUGACGUUGCAGCGAAGGCAUGAGCGCUCACACCCCGAGCUCCGGCCCUUUCCCUGCACCCAGUGUGGCAAGAGCUUUUCAGACCGGGCUGGGCUGCGCAAACACAGCCGCACACACAGCUCUGUGCGCCCCUACACCUGCCCCCACUGCCCCAAGGCCUUCUUGAGUGCCAGCGACCUACGAAAGCACGAACGCACCCACCCUGUGUCCAUGGAGACCCCCACACCUCUCGAGCCCCUUGUGGCUUUGCUAGGAAUGCCUGAAGAGGGGCCAGCCUGAGGCCCAUGGCCCUUCCCUCUGAACUCCCGGGAGUCAGCCCCCACAGGGUGCCUCCCGAACCUCCCUUUGCCCCAGCUUACUCUUCUAGACCCACAUCCCUGCCCCCCAGGUGGCCAGCUUACCUUCCCAACAAAGAUCUGGGGACAGUGGAGGCGGGCACCUGCUGUUCAGAGACAUGGCUCUGUGAGUAACACAUUAAAGCAUUCACUUUGACCCUG